AUGUCUGAAUCACAGAGCCGCGCCGACAAAUUGGCAAUAGCGAAGAAAAAGUUAAAGGAGUUCGAAGCUCGACGUCGUCGAGAAUCGGACACUUCUCCUGUGCCAAGCUUGGCUUCAACUGCCGAUCAUAACGCGAACAAUGGGCGCAUGUCUGUAAAUAGUAACCAUUCACAUAGUGUCGGUAAUCAUGAACAUCACGCAUACUUUCCAAAUUCAAUGGAAAAUGGGAUGAAUGAACCGAUAUACCAGCAGCAACCAUACGUAGUGAACUUGGGUGACGACUCCAUGACAAAUUCCUCAUCUCACUCUCUGACUGCAACGAACGCUCCGCUCAGAAACCUUAUGGUUGAAGCAAAUACAAGUAACAACAGUUCACCAUCGCCACAUCAUGCAGUUAAUGGUGUCAUGGUUAAUUGUGUAUCGCCGUAUAUUGUUUCCACGCCAACGAGUACCCAUUUCACUUCUACCGAAAUGGAACGAACUCAACUGCAGCAUGAGCGCGAUGCGGCAGUGGCAGCAUAUGAGCAAGUUUCCGCUCAGCUGGAACAAUUGCACACACACUACACACAGUUGCACGCUGCAUAUUCAAGUAUGACCAGCAAUGGUGUACACUCAGACGUCGAUAAGCAGAUUCAACAACUGCAGUCGGCUCUUGCUGUUCUUGUUGAAGAAAAGACGGCUGUGCAGUCAGAAAUGCGCAAGGUCAAAAAUGACCUGGAGCAAGAGCGUGCCAUAAAUGAAAACCUAUCGGCCACCAUAAACUCCUUACAAGGGAACGAAUCAAAAAAGCUGCAAGCUCGGCUCGAUGACUGCGAGAGGCUGCUAUCCGCCCGUAACAUAGAGUUGAACGAAGUGCGCAGAAGCGAAGCUAGUGCACAAGCUCAACUUCUGGCGGUUCAGCAUGAAAGGAGCGAAGCGCAGGCGCGCCUCAAGGUGAUUGCACGUGAGAAAGAAGUGCUAAAUCUAGAACUGAAACAAGUCCGAAAAGAUUUACACAUGAAGGAAAUCUAUCUGAAACAGUUGGGACCGCACGCAAUAGUGCCUAAUGUCAACGACGAAAGCACUGUAAAAGCUCUGCAUGAUCGAGCUGAAGCGUUGCAACAUCAAGUUAAAAUGCUGACAAACGAAAGAGAUCAAAUGCAUCACAAUACAGAAGAGCUGACUCGACAUUACGAGAUUUGUCGUCUAGAAUUUGUGAGCACGCGAGAUAAAAUCCAGUCUGAGCUCUCCGAAGCAAUGUCAGCUCGAGAUGCAGCUAUGUUACGAGUGAGAGAACUGGAAAAUGACGUCGCAGUCUUGCAGAAGGAGCUUUGUCAGCAACGCUCGCCUGUACCGAUUGGUGAAGAAGCUAAAGAAGCUUCCGUUAUUAGCUACACUGAAGAGGAUGUCAAACGCAAAGUGGAAGAAGCCAAACGAAUAACGGACGCUGUAUGGCAGCGAAAAUUCGAUGAGGAAGGGAAGGUCGUGGAUUCGAUGAUGAGAGAAAAGGACGAGAAAAUAUUCGAGAGGGAACAGACUGUGAGCGAAUUACAAAUGCGUUUGCGACUACUUGAGGAGAGAUCAGCGGAGACCAGAGCCAGUGGAUCAGAUCUUUUAUCCUUGUCUGAACAGCUGCAGAAUGAAAAGGCUACUGUUUCUCGAGCUGUUGCUCAAAAUAGGGAAUUGAAGGAGCAGCUGAUUGAGACAGAAGAUAGAUUGGUUGCACUCACUGAGGAGAAACUACAAUCAGAAUUGGCUCGUCAGACUGCAGAACACCAGGUAAAAGAGCUAAUGAAGAAGCUCGAGGAGAUUAAUGAAAAUAGCAAAUCAGUAACUGGGUCCGUGGAGUCGUCGAGCGCUACAAGUACCAUUCUAGAAGCGGUGAUGCAUCCGUCGAUGUCGGUCGAACCGUCACGUUCUACUGAGGAUUGGGAGGAAUCCGAGCGGGAUCGCAGUGACAGUGUUGCAGAGACUUCUCGUGAUCGUGAACACAUGUUAGAAACUCAGCUUGAGAUGGCUAAUCAGCAGCUAGAGGAGAUACGGGCGGAUCUCCGCCGAAGUCACACGAGAAACGAGGAGAUGAACCAGAUUCUCAGACAAAAUGCGGAGGAUGAAAAUCAAAACUCGAUUCACGUGGAACUAGGCCAGGCCGUUGCAAGAAUACAUGAACUUGCGGCUGAGAACCAGCAGUUACGGGAAAGCAUCGAGCGUGUAGUCGAAGAACGAUCGCAACUUGAGUUUUCACUCAUGGAGAAAUUUCGAGCCGUUGACACCGAAAUGGCAGCAGGAAAAGAUGAAGCAACAUCUACCCCAUCGAGUGAAAUUAUUGAAAAUCACCCGAAUCAGCCUGGAACAGUAGGAAGUGCAGAAUGGGCCAGGACAGAAUUGGAGAAACGUUUCUCUCAAGCGAUGCACAGUAAUGCCGAACUACGCGAAGCAUUAGACCGGUUGGAGCACAUUAAUGUGCAGUUGCAGUUGGAGAACGACACAAUUGCUGAUCAUGUGAUCCUCUACCAGCAUCAGCGUCGUUUAAUCAGAGAGCGUCUUAGAGCAAAAGAUGAACAGCUCGCUGCUAUGGAGGCAGAUAGAAGAAGGACAUUGGAAAGAUGUAAAGAGCUACAGCAAGCUCUUAUGGAUGUUUUGGGACGGACCGGAGCACUGAAAGAGUAUGAAAUCCGUAAUCGAUCGGACUCGAAUUCUUCCAAGAAACCGAGAAAGAGAGUAGCACGGUCCUACAGUCAUAGUACUGUUGACGAGUUUAGUGGAGAUGAAGAUGUAAUUGUGAACGGUUCAGAUAUGAAGGUUCCUCCCCGCUCUUCUGUCGAUUCCGUCGAUGAAGUUGCUCCCUCUGAUGAAGAGAGACGUGAUUUUGCGAGUCCUGAUACGUCAGGCAAUCAGUCGCCGAUACCGAGGCCGCAGCGACCUUUCUCACCACUAAACGUGCCGGAAACUGACGCAGCAGUGCGGAAGAUCUUGCAGAUCAUUACGGAUAUCAGCAAGCCACCGCAUCCAAGUGCUGUCGACAAGCUUCAUUGCACGCAAUGUAUUGGCGAUAUACAGACAUUGUAA